GCCGUCUCGGAUCUCCCGGAGCGGUGGGAGGGUUCGAGGAGGGUGCGCACCUGGCAAGAUCAGAGCCCGGCUCCUCGGGAGGCCUGGCUCCCUCAGGCGACUCCGCAUUCCCAGGUCCCUCCCGGAGCGCGGAGCCCGGGAUUCUGGGCUGCUCCGAGGGCGGGCGGGGCCAGGGGCGGGGCGGCGGCAGGAAGCGGCCGGAGCGGCGCUCAGGACGGCCUGGGCCCCCGGCCUCGCUCGGCGGGCGGGGGUCCUCCUCCAGACCCCCGCCCAGGGCCUAGCGUCGCGCGCUCCACCCAGGGUGCCAUGGCCUCUCGGCUCCUGCACCGACUGCGGCACGCUCUGGCCAGCGAUGGCCCCGGGGAGGCGGCGGCCGCGGGCCCCGAGGCCGAGCAGUUCCCUGAGAGCUCCGAGCUGGAGGACGACGACGCCGAAGGCCUGUCCUCCCGCCUCAGCGGCACCCUCAGCUUCACCAGCGCUGAGGACGACGACGACGACGAAGACGACGAGGACGACGAGGAGGCCGGCCCUGACUCGCUGCCCCCCAGGGACGCGGCAUCAGGAGAAGACGCAGAACGGAGCCCCCCACCCGAUGGGCAGCGGGGCAGUCAACUCCUGGCCCGGCAGCUGCAGGAUUUCUGGAAGAAGUCACGGAACACCCUGGUACCCCAGCGGCUGCUCUUUGAGGUGACCAGCGCCAAUGUUGUCAAGGACCCUCCCUCCAAGUACGUGCUCUACACCCUCGCCGUGAUGGGCCCAGGGCCGCCAGAUCGCCAGCCAGCCCAGAUCUCUCGCCGCUACUCAGACUUUGAGCGGCUGCACCGAAACCUGCAGCGGCAGUUCCGGGGCCCCAUGGCUGCCAUCGCCUUCCCCCGUAAACGCCUGCGCCGGAAUUUUACCGCAGAGACCAUUGCCCGUCGAAGCCGGGCUUUUGAGCAGUUUUUGAGCCACCUGCAGGCAGUGCCCGAACUACGCCAUGCCCCAGACCUGCAGGACUUCUUUUUGCUGCCAGAGCUGCGGCGGGCGCAGAGCCUCACCUGUACUGGCCUCUAUCGUGAGGCCCUGGCACUUUGGGCCAAUGCCUGGCAGCUGCAGGCCCAGCUGGGCACCCACUCUGGCCCAGACCGACCCCUGCUGACUCUAGCUGGGCUGGCUGUGUGCCACCAGGAGCUGGAGGACCCUGGAGAGGCUCGGGCAUGCUGUGAGAAAGCCCUUCAGCUGCUGGGAGACAAGAGACUCCAUCCUUUCCUGGCACCUUUUCUAGAGGCUCAUAUCCGGCUCUCCUGGCGCCUGGGCCUGGAUAAACGCCAAUCAGAGGCGCAGCUCCAGGCUUUACAGGAGGCAGGCCUCACCCCCACACCACCCCCCAGCCUCAAGGAAUUGCUCAUUAAGGAGGUGUUGGACUAACCCUUGUCUAGUCUUCACUGCAGGGAGAGGGGGUGCCCCAGAAUCAAAGAGGGUGGCACUGGUGAAGACAUGAGGGCUUCAGGGGCUGCUGGGAGCCCUUAGAAGUUCCACAAAGAAUUUGCAACAGAGAAGGAAAUUUUCUUCUUUUGAGCUGGGCUCAGGAGGAGCUUUAGCUGGGGUUGCCCCAGCAUGGUACAAGGAGGAAGUCUGACACAGCUUCUCUAGCCAGAGCCUUGCAACCUAGGUUAGGAUCAAUGUUUCCUUCCCUUUAGGCCUCUAAUCCAGAAAGGCAGCAGGCUGCAGGGCUGGGGACUGCUGCAGGAGUGUUGAAGUUGAGGGAUGGCUGCAGUUCUGACCCAGGGGAAUUAAAGGUCAGCCACUUCUAUAGUAUCAGUCCUUUCAUUGGAUGAGAAGUGGAAGGCCCAACCCUCAACUGUAACUCCUGCCUCAGGAAUGGUGGUAGAAGGAAGGUCCUUGAAGCUCCAGGCCAA